AUGAUCCUGAACAGUCGCCUGUUGCUCUCUGUCUACAUCCUCACCUUCCUGAUGGGGGUCCCCGCCAACAUCCUGGCAUUCUGCACCUUCUGCCGCAAAGUGCAUCGCAAGGCGACCCCGAUAGACGUCCUGCUCCUCAACCUCACCAUCUCCGACCUCAUCUUCCUCCUUUUCCUGCCAUUCAAAAUGAAGGAGGCCUCGGACGACAUGGCCUGGCUGCUGCCCUUCCCCCUGUGUCCCUUCACCGGGUUCCUGUUCUACGUCACCAUCUACACCGGCACGCUGCUCCUCACAGCGGUGAGCGUGGAGCGUUACCUGGGGGUGGCCUUCCCCCUCAGGUACUCCCUGUGUCGCAGGCCUCGCUACGCUGUGAUGGCCAGCAUCACCAUCUGGGUGGCGACCUCUCUGAACCUCAGCGUCGUCUACAUCAUACCCUACGUCCAGUGGAACAAAGGUGCAGACGGUGACAACAGCAGCAGCAGCCACAGCCCACCCCCACCCACCUGCUACCAUAACUUCACACAGGACGAGCUCAAGAUCAUUCUGCAGUUCCGCCUCGAGCUCUUCAUCGUCCUCUUCUGCAUCCCCUUCUUCAUCUGCUGCUUCUGCUACGCCAACCUCAUCCACAUCCUGUCACAUCUCCCAAACAUCAGCCGGCGGCGGAGGCUGCGUGCCAUAGGCCUGGCACUCGGGACACUGAUAGUAUUCGCCAUCUGCUUCGGGCCUUACAAUGCCUCCCACGUGGUGGGGUUUGUCCACUUUGAGAGCCAGGAGUGGAGGAACAUAGCGUUACUCUCCAGCACAUUAAACGCCUGCCUGGACCCAAUCAUCUUCUACUUCUCGUCGGCGGCGGUCAGGAGCAUGUUGAACCACUGCUUCAGGAACAUCAUGGCAAAGCUGCACAUUCUGAGGUGUGGGGCGGCUCCGCACCAGAGACCCAUCAACGCUGAGAAGUGCAAUGAAGCAGCUCCUCCAUGA